UCGAGUCCUACGAAGGUGAAAUAUGAUGACAUGUUUUGUGCGCACGCGCAUACCUGAGUUUAGAUUUUCUCGGAAGUCACAAACUCCCACAAAGCGAUUGUUUCUUUUCUGCUUUUCAGGAUAACUUACGGAUACAUGAAGACUCCUAAAACACAGUGGAGAAUGACGUAGAGGAUUUUGUACCUAAAAUGUUUGUGCUGGUGUCCCACUGAUGACUCCAAUGUCCCGGAGAUCCUCCUGAAUCAUCUGGGCUCAACUCCGGACGGCUGCCAUGCGGAUCCUGCUUUGGUUCAGUAUCGCUUUGUUCCUGCUGGACUCUUGCAUGAGCCAUACUUUGUUCACGUGCGAGCCUGUGCAUGUACAGUGGUGUCAUGGCAUGCCGUACAACACCACAUUUUUCCCCAACAUGCUUGAGCACUAUGACCAGGACAUCGCUGCAAUAAAGAUGAAGCACUUCAUGCCGCUGGCCAGCCUGCGCUGCUCUCCUGAUGUGCAUCUGUUCCUGUGCCAGGCUUUUGUUCCCGAGUGCAGGGAUCACACGCGUGUGCUGCGGCCAUGCAGAGAGCUGUGUGAGCGCGUGCGGUCCGACUGCAGCGGAGACAUGCUCACCUUCGGGAUCAGCUGGCCGUCAGAGCUGCAGUGCGACCGAUUGGAAUCAUGUCACUUUUCUCCUGACGGUUCUGCUGUUUCAGCUGUAGAAGAAAUGACCACGUCCAGAAGCUCUCUGUCGUCCGGACGGGAUCUGGGAUUCUGGUGCCCCCUUCAGCUGAAGACUCGCUCUGGCUCUUUCCUCGGGACUCAAGACUGUGCGCCGCCCUGCGACAACAUGUACCUUAAGCCGCAUGAAGUGCGCUUCGCUAAGACCUUCAUCGGCGUGUGCUCCAUUGUGUGCUUAUGUGCGACUCUGUUCACAUUUUUAACCUUCCUCAUUGAUGUCGAGCGAUUUCGCUACCCCGAGCGGCCGAUCAUCUUCUACUCUGUCUGCUACAGUUUUGUCUCUCUUGUCUAUUUUGUUGGUUUUCUGUUGGAUAACGCAGCCGCUUGCAAUGAGCCGAGUGUGCCGGGCCGUGUGUCGACGGUCGUACUGGGAGGCCAGAGCCGCAGCUGCUCGCUGCUCUUCAUGCUGCUCUACUUCUCCUCCACUGCGGGAAUGGUGUGGUGGGUCAUUCUGACUAUCACCUGGUUUCUGGCUGCAGGGCCAAAGUGGAGCUGUGAAGCCAUAGAGAAGAAGGCCGUGUGGUUCCACGCGGUGGCCUGGGGUCUCCCCGCGGCGCUGACCGUCGUGCUGCUGGCGCUCAAUAAGGUGGAGGGAGACGGCAUCAGCGGCGUGUGCUUCGCCGGCCUGUACGAUCUGGCAGCGCUGCGCUGGUUUGUUGUGGCUCCGCUGGCCAUCGGGGUGCUGGUCGGCCUGUCGCUGCUGCUCGCUGGCAUCGUGUCUCUGAACCACGUGCGUCAGGUGAUCCAGCAUGAUGAACGGAACCAGGAGAAGCUGAAGAAGUUCAUGAUCCGCAUCGGCGUGUUCAGCGGCCUCUACCUGCUGCCUCUGCUGGUGCUGCUCGGCUGCUACCUGUACGAACAAGCCCAGCGCCGCGCCUGGGAGAACAGCUGGAUCCACAAGCACUGUCAGGAGUACAGCAUCCCCUGCUCCAGCCGCAGUAUUGAUGCGGAGCAGCCUGAACUCUCCCUGUUUCUCAUCAAGUACCUGAUGACGCUGGUUGUGGGAAUACCAGCUGUGUUCUGGGUCAGCAGUAAGAAAACCUGCUCGGAGUGGGCGUCAUUCUUCAAGAGAACGCGCAAAAAAGACCCCAUCAGCGAGAGCAGGCGCGUUCUGCAGGAGUCCUGCGAGUUCUUCCUCAAGCACAACAGUCGCGUGCAGCACAAGUCCAAACACUACAAGUCCUCCUCACACAAGCUCAAGGUCGUGUCCAAGUCCAUGGGCACCAGCACAGGCGUUCACACCCCUGUCAGCAGUAACCAUGACAACACACCUGUAUCCACGGCAAUCCGCAACCACUGCGUUCCCAGCCAGAGUGUCUGUGAUCCGCCUCGCUCCUCAGAAGGCUUGGGCUCGACGGCUCCCGCUGAGAGACGCAGUAAAGCCGACACUUCCAGUCGGAUCAGCAGCCUCGCUGAAAGCUUACACAGGUUGACACCCAAAGAUGACGGGCUGGAGGCUGGCCAGAGCUCCGCCCACUGCACCAGCAGCCAGUGAAAGCUCAGGGUGGGAUUUGCAUCUGAAUAGAGGUCAGAGAGAGACUUCUGGCUCCGCCCUUCAUUCUCUGUGGUUUUUCAUUAUUGAUGUCCACAGCACUGGAAUCUCUGCUUGAAUUCCUGUAACAUCUUGUAAAAUCUGAGGGUUAUAAUGGUCACGCAGCUGAUGCUCACUGACAGGAUCCGUUUUGACUGACAGUUUUAUGAUUCUGUUUUUUGCAGCUGCGGGGACAGGAUUGCACAUUCGUAACACUUCUCUAAGCGAUUCAUCACUGGAAUGGUCUUAACACUGGAAUCUAUGAACAAAAGCAACAGAUUUCAUUCAAGAAUCACUCUUAAAUGAGAUUCUAAAGAUUUCUACAGAAUUUGCACAAGUGCUCUAACUCCACCAAAAAUUCCCAAACUGGAAAUACAGUAAUAAUGUUCACUAAUAUUAACUUUCUCUGCCUUCAAGUAAAACUUAUGAUGGUUAGCGUAUUUAACAUUUCAGUUGUAUCUUAGCUUUUCUAUCAAAUACUCUUUUUACUUAGCUUUGCUGAAUGUAUUUUUAAUAUGUAUGAUCAGUGUAGUGCCUUCUUAAUUAUGACAAGAAUGAAAACGAGGCAGAAGUGUGUUCAACAGAUUGUACUGCUGUUUAACAACAUUCCAGUUGUUCAGCUAAUAAAACAUAUUUCCCAGACAAAACCAGUAGACCAAAACUCAAUAGUUUUGAAAGUUGUGUUUUUAAAAUUAUCCAGUACCUUUAGCUAUACAGUAUGUACCAUUGUAAAGAGUCUAUCUCUCACAGCCUCAUUUUCAUGUUAAAUUCAAUAUGGCAUCUGCCCUGACUAAGGUUUAUUGACGUUCAUUAUUAUGCCAGUUGUGCAGGUUUUUUGCACCUUCUACAGUUACAAAAAUACUUCAAACGUUCCUCAUAUACAGUAAAUAAAAGGUGCACAACAUUGGGUGGAGAAAAGAAUAGGUCACUUGAUAGAUUUUGAUUAUCGUUGUAUUAAUAAUUGCAAUUGUGUGACGAAGUACUGCAGUAUCUGUCUGGUAUAUAUUUUACUAUAAUAUGGUUAUAGUGCAUAUUGUAGUAAUAGUAAUGCUGUGCACAUAGUAUGGAUAUAUUUCAUCUAAACAAAAUAAAGCCCAUAGAAAAUCAUCAAUGCAAA